AUGCCCUCAAGCUACUUCCUGCAAACUCCCCGCCGACUCGCCAUGAGGUGGAUCCCACCCACAGUUGCUGUCGUAGCUGUUGGCUACGGCUUGAACGCCUACCGCGAGGGCAUGGUUCAACGUCGCCUCGCCAACACCGCCGCCGCCGAGAAGCAGGCCAUCGAAGACCGCAAGAGAGCGGCCAUGUUGAUGGACGCUUACGGCGACCGUUCGAGCCUCGAGGCGCUCGAGAAGGCCGUACAAGUCUACGAGUCGCAGAAUUAG